AUGUCCAUGUCCGCUCUCCUGUCGACCCUGCGCGGCGCCGGCCGGCAUCAGCUCUCCGCUACAACGGUCACCGCGUGGCAGGCCACCGGCUCCCACCUGUUCCGGAUCGACGGGUACACGCAAGCCAGCAAGAUAGUGUGUAACAGUGGGCCGGUGAGAUCAGAUACGCUUAGCGUUGGCGGCCACGACUGGCGUCUUUUAUGCUAUCCAAACGGCUCCUAUUUUGGGUGCUCCGGCAUCUCCCACUUGAUCGAACAUCAAAGCGACGAAAGCACCUGGGACAAGGGCAAGGUCCUCGUGAAGGCCCAAGCGAGUAUACUCGACUCGGCCGGGAUGCCAUCCUACACUCAAACCAUGACAGACUUCGCCACCUUCCAUUGUGAUUUCGGCUGGAACAACUUCAUCAGCCACAAGGAGCUCGACAAGCAGAAGCAUCUCAAGGACGACGACUGCCUGUCCAUCCUGUGUGAACUCACCGUCGUCACCGGCAAGUGCGCCAAGAUUGCCGGGGGCCCGCGGGUGCCAUUCGACUUGCACGGGGAACUCGUGGAAGCCAUCUGGAACAAGGAGGAACCGGAUGUGAGGAUCCAGGUUAGUGGAGAGACGUUGGCCGCGCACCGGUGGAUUCUAGUGGCACUAUCCCCUGUGUUCGCGCAGGAACUAGAGCUCUCCUCCGAACUACUUGUCGACGACAUGGACGCAGAGGUGUUCAAGGCUAUGCUCCAGUUCAUCUACACCGACUCGCCACCCUUGCUCGAGGCGGCAACGGCGGCGGAGAGGCUGCUCGUCGCGGCGGACAGGUACGAGCUUGAGAAGCUGAAACGAGCCUGCGAGGAGGCGCUGUGCCGGCACAUCGACGUGGGCUCAGUGGCCGCCACUCUGGCGUUGGCGGAGCAACAUGAUUGCCGGGUGCUGCGGGAAGCGUGCAUGCGGUUCCUCUCUUCUCCCGGGAAUCUCGAAGCGGUCCUGGCACCGGAUGGGUUUGAGCUGCUCAAGACAGGUUGCCCCUCUGCUCUGUUGGAGCUCGUGCUCAAGAACAUGAUCCGACACGAGCAAUUGACCCAAGAAUCCUGCACAAGAUAG